CGGCCCCGGGCGCGCGGGGCGCGGGCGGACGGCGGCCGGCAGGUUUUGGGUUUGGAGGCCACACCCAGCAGUGCUCAGGGCUGACUCCUGGUGGGGCUCACGGGCCCAUUUGGGGGGCCGGUUUCAAAUCUAGGUCGGGCUCCUGCAAGGCAAGUGCCCCAGACUUUCCGCCUGAACCCACUCUGCUCCCCCGUGCCUGGUGGGCUUAGGGCAGGUCGUGGGCCCACCCUGCUGUCCUCCCCACUGCGCUACCCAGAGGAAGUGGGGAGGGGGACCCCCCAGGACCCCGGAGACCUGUGUCUCCAGCGGUGUUCGAGUUCAGCAGCGCCCCUGGGAGGGGGCCCGUCUCCCUGGCAUCACUCUGCCCUGAGUCUGUGCCAGUGGAUCUGGUCCCCAAUUUGCUGCCACUGCCGUGAACGCUCUGCAGAGCGCCGGCCUCCCCACAGACCUUCCUUGCCUCAGAUGCUGGCCGCGAUCUCCCGUGUUCUGCAGGACGUGACUUUGAUAGCUGGGCCCGGCCGGCUCUCAGCUUCCCGAAGCCCAGGCGGCUCUGUGCACCUCACCUCUGAUCCACAGUCGCCCCUGGGAGUCCCUCCUCUGCUGACCUAGGAGGAGCCAGGCCCGGUGCUGGUCUGCCCUAGGCUCAGACUCCGGCUCGAAUCCGGCCCCGGCACCGUGGAGCAACGUGGUCCUCGAGAACUCACCCCGAUGGCCGAUGGCGCGUCACCCCUCUCCCUGGACGGGGACCCCGGGGCGGCCGAGAGCCUGCUCCGGAGCGUGUUCGGGAUGGUCGUGGAGGAGAUUGUUUGGAAAGGGACCAGCGCUUCCGAGAAGGUCUGCGAGUGGAAGGAGCCCGAGGAGCUGAGGCGGCUGCUGGACCUGGAGCUGCGGGCCCAGGGCGAGUCGCAGGAGCAGAUCGUGGAGCGGUGCCGGGCCGUGAUCCGCUACAGCGUGAAGACCUGUCACCCCCACUUCUUCAACCAGCUCUUCUCAGGCUUGGACCCCCAUGCUCUGGCCGGGCGCAUUGUCACCGAGAGCCUGAACACCAGCCAGUACACGUAUGAGAUCGCGCCCGUGUUCGUCCUCAUGGAAGAGGAGGUGCUGCGGAAGCUGCGGGCCCUGCUGGGCUGGGGCGCCGGGGACGGGGUCUUCUGCCCCGGUGGCUCCAUCUCCAACAUGUACGCGAUGAACCUGGCCCGCUACCAGCGCUACCCGGCCUGUAAGCAGCGGGGCCUGCGCGCGCUGCCGCCCCUGGCCCUCUUCACGUCCCAGGAGUGCCAUUACUCCAUCCAGAAGGGCGCGGCCUUCCUGGGGCUCGGCACGGACAGCGUCCGGCUGGUGCAGGCGGAUGAGAGAGGGAGAAUGAUCCCCGAGGACCUGGAGCGGCAGAUCAGUCUGGCCGAGGCCGAGGGCGCUGUCCCCUUCCUGGUCAGUGCCACCUCCGGCACCACCGUGCUGGGCGCCUUCGACCCCCUGGAGGCCAUCGCUGACGUGUGCCACCGGCAUGGACUGUGGCUGCAUGUGGACGCUGCCUGGGGCGGGAGCGUCCUGCUGUCGAAGACACACAGACAUCUCCUGGCUGGGAUCCAGAGGGCCGACUCCGUGGCCUGGAACCCUCACAAGCUCCUCACAGCGGGCCUGCAGUGCUCAGCUCUCCUGCUCCGGGACACCUCGAACCUCCUCAAGCACUGCCACGGCGCCCAGGCCAGCUACCUGUUCCAGCAGGACAAGUUCUACGACGUGGCCCUGGACACGGGCGACAAGGUGGUGCAGUGUGGGCGCCGCGUGGACUGCCUGAAGCUGUGGCUCAUGUGGAAGGCCCAGGGCGGGCAAGGGCUGGAGCGGCGCGUGGACCAGGCCUUUGCCCUCACCCGGUACCUGGUGGAGGAGAUGAAGAAGCGGGAAGGAUUCGAGCUGGUCAUGGAGCCUGAGUUUGUCAACGUGUGUUUCUGGUUCGUGCCGCCAAGCCUGCGGGGCAAGCAGGGGGACCCCGACUACAGCGAGAAGUUGGCCAAGGUGGCCCCUGCCCUGAAGGAGCGCAUGGUGAAGGAGGGCACCAUGAUGGUGGGCUACCAGCCGCACCGCACCCGCGCCAACUUCUUCCGCAUGAUCGUGGCCAACCCCGCGCUGACCCCGGCAGAUAUGGACUUUCUCCUCAACGAGCUGGAGCGGUUAGGCCAGGACCUCUGAGGCGCCCGCGCUGGCGGCCCUGUCCCCUCACCGCCCCUGCCCUCCGUGGGCCCCCCGGGCCCGCAGAAGCAGCCUUUCCCAGAAACGCCGCCGCUCCAGGCUGCGCUGGCCCCAGCCGGGCGGCGGGAGAAGGCUGACGCCCUGGAACCACUAGGAUACUCACAGAGGGAAUUAUUUUAUUGGUGGAGGGAAAGCGUUUUUGGAUAUGGCUCUGUAGGACAAGCUGGAAGCAAGACACUCUAAAAUGAUGACAUCUGAGCCGUACUUAGAAACACACAGCAAAAAGCCAAGGACCAGGAAAAGUUGCCAGAAUGGUCAUCGGGUUCCCUGGGACGGGUCAUCAGCAAUUUCAACAUCCACCUCCUGCUCCCCUCCAGGCUCUGCUCUUUUGUUAAACGAGGUGUGUUCCUUGAUUCUGUGAGUGGGAAAGCAAUAAACUUAAAAUUUCAGUGUG